CCGAUUAAUUCCCACAUCCAUUCCCACUCGUCACUGCCGUUCAAUUAUACCAAAACCAAUCUACCCAGCACACUUCUCCACCCCAUCCCAAUACCCCCCACCAAAACCUCCCAAUCAACCAUCCAAAAUGGCUGCAAGUAACGCCAACUUCAAGCUGGAGAAUCUCUUCAACGUCAAAGGAAAAGUGGCCCUAAUAACCGGCUCCGGCUCCGGCAUCGGGCUCAUGGCGACGCAAGCGCUCGCCACCAACGGCGCAAAAGUAUACAUCACCGGCCGAACCCCCGAAAAACUACACCGAGUGGCAUCCCUCUACUCGUCCAACAUUCCCGGCGAAAUCAUCCCCAUUCCAUCGGACAUUACAUCCAAAGAGUCCAUCAGUCAACUCGUGGAUGAGAUCUCGAAGCGAGAAUCCCAUCUGGAUAUCUUGAUCAACAACGCGGGGAUUAGUUCCUCGACGGAUGAUACGAGCCCCAACCAGCCGGGAGAAUUACAGAAGAGUCUCUUUGACGAUGCCACCCCGAUGAAGGAAUGGGAAGAUGUCUACCGGACGAAUGCCAUGCAAUUGUAUUUCACCACCACGGCGUUUUUACCCCUUCUGCAGAAAGCGGCGGAGAGGGAACGGGGAUGGAGUAGUACCGUGAUUAACAUCACCUCCAUCUCCGGCAUCGUCAAAGUCUCACAGCACCAUUUCGCCUACAACGCGAGUAAAGCGGCGGCCAUCCAUCUGACCAAGAUGUUGGCCCAUGAGGUAGCGGAGAGUGGGUUGCGGAUUCGCGUGAAUAAUAUCGCUCCGGGGGUGUUUCCCAGUGAGAUGACGGCGGGGGAGAGUGAUGAGGGACAGAAGAGUCGGUUGGAGAAGGGGAAGUAUGAGGGGAAGGUUCCGGCGGAUCGGCCGGGGAAGGAGGAGGAUAUGGCGGGGGCGGUGUUGUUUGCGGUGACGAAUCAGUAUUUGAAUGGGCAGACGGUUGUGGUGGAUGGGGGGUAUGUGUUGCGGGCGGGGACGGUUUGAUACCCCCCCUCGGGGGUGUAUGUUGAAGUGGAGAUGGAAAUGUGGAGGAUGAUAUAUGAUAUGGAAUGGAUUGAUAAUGGA